GGCCCGGGCGGUGGUGACUGCGUGUUUCCGGAAGACGUGGCGGCUCGGUCCUGGGCAGCUACCCGGAGGCUCCUCUCCGGACGAGGCUUCGCAGCGUGGGCCCUGAGUCGCCGCGCUCCUCGCCGCCGCCACCAUGAUCUCCCUCACGGACACGCAGAAAAUCGGAAUGGGAUUAACAGGAUUUGGAGUGUUUUUCCUGUUCUUCGGAAUGAUCCUCUUUUUUGACAAAGCGCUACUGGCUAUUGGAAAUGUUUUGUUUGUGGCUGGCUUGGCUUUUGUAAUUGGCUUAGAAAGAACAUUCAGAUUCUUCUUCCAAAAACACAAAAUGAAAGCCACGGGGUUUUUCCUGGGUGGCGUGUUUGUGGUCCUUAUUGGUUGGCCUUUGAUAGGCAUGAUCUUCGAAAUUUAUGGAUUCUUUCUCUUAUUCAGGGGCUUCUUUCCAGUGGUUGUUGGCUUCAUUAGAAGAGUGCCUGUCCUCGGGUCGCUUUUAAAUCUACCUGGAAUCAGAUCCUUUGUAGAUAAGGUUGGAGAAAGCAACAACAUGGUAUAACAGCAGAUGAAUCUGAAGACUCCUUUAAAAUAUUGUAUUAUUUAUAAAAUCCUUUGAAGAAUAUUCAGCACAAAGUUAAAUUACACAAAAUAGCUUGUAAAGUUCUUUCCUGAAGUUUAAAAUGCAUAGCCUCCAAAGUACCAACAGUUAUCAAAGAAGCAACGACCGCAGACGGGAUCAGGCGAUGUGAGAAUCCACACGCACCCGAAGGGAGGAAGCUUGUCAGGAUGUCAGUGAAGCACUGAGCACUGUUUUCAGUGUCUUUCCAUACUGUGCGAAGCACAGCCACCCUUCGAGAACCGUGGUCUGUCAUCUUCUGUUGUUUUUUAGAAGAUUCAGGAACACCCAUAGGCGUCUGCAUUUAAAAAUGUCCACUGUGACGGCCAGGACGUGUCCAUUUGUUCUGGUCUCUAAAAAUGACGCCUGAAUUGGAUUGGGUUAUGUCGUCUCCAUUUAUUAGCUCAAGGAAAGUCCAGUAUUCAUGUGUGAAUCGCUUUUGGGGGGGGGGGGGGGCGGGUAAACAUAGGGAUAUAACAACUUUUGUGGUUCUUUUGAAUAUUAGUGUUUUGAAGCCAGAUGAAAAUCUGAACUAGAAUCAUAGCUGACAGGUGCUUCCUCAGUCUGCCACACUGGCAGUACUCAGACCUCCUGGGAGUGUGGCCUGGGGCUCUGCGCCCAGUCCAUCACAAACUAGGAGCGAGAGGUGUUCCUGACCGUGAAGUCUGCUACAGAGGUGGCUGGUAUAGUUGGUUGAGAUCCUAAAUGAUGCAAACCAAAUGAAUUGGCCAUGCCAUGACAUAGUCUUUAUUUUGUAUCUUUAUGAACUUUGGCAGAGGUUUCCUACUUUGUUUUUCACGAGGUAACUUUUGGUAACGUUUAUUUAAGGCAUGUAACAUGUUAAAGGUUGAUUUUGUGACUGUUUUAAGGGCUGUUUAUUUUAAUCUGGAGUUUCCCCUUAUUUCCAGCUUUAUUGUAACAUGAAAUUCAGUAUGCAUGACACCUACUUCCUGGGAUUGUUCCACUUGGGUUAGUGGAGGAAUUACUUUCACACGCAGAAUUAUUUUUAUUAUAACUAAACUAGCCCUGGGUUCUUAGAGACAUGGAACUGGGGAAGAACUGGUGUCUGUUUUUCCUCCGUUGGCAAUUUUGAGACAGUGGAAGCAAUGGUGGUUUCCUCCCUUGGCCCAGACGGCAGCUUUCAUGUUGGACGCAGGAGCGCCUUUUCAUUGGCUGCAGUUCUGUCUUUUACCACUAGUGAGUGCACUGUUGAUUGUUACCAGUCUCAAAGCUUUUUACUGCAUAAAAUCAUCAUUGAAAUUUGUAUUUAUUUGCAAAACAUUUCUGUAAAACAUAUUACAGUGUUUGUUACUUUAGUUAAAUUUCUUGAUGCAGGGAGAAUUCGAAUCGAUACGUAGUGCGGUGGUUCAGAUGGCUUGUGGAUUACCAUCCUGUUCGGUACUUGGCAUCUGACAAGAUGUUAUCUAUGAAGACGAAGUAGAUGGAGGCACCUACCUCAGUAGUUCACAGGAUAGUAAGAGACCUGGCCUCGUGUCUGAUGUUCUUCAAAAAACCCUGCCCUCCCUUGGAAUGUCAAAUACAUACACUUUGAGAACUGGCGUGUGUGAGGUGCCCUAUAGGACUCGUGCCUAUGUUUGGCCAACCCCUAUGAGUUACCGUGGUAGAUGUUUCUCCGCUUUAGAGCAAGAGCAUUGGUAUCAUUUAACUCCUUUGUAGACAUGAAUUUUAGCAAAAUCUUCUUCACACUGUUACAGACAUCGCUUUUCAACAAUCUUCUUUUCAGAAAACAUUAUUGGACCUGAGAAGAUGUGAUAACCUCGUAGUCCUUAGAGGGAUGAAGGGGCUGGGGUUGUUUUCAGUUUCAGAUGAGUGCAGUGCAGUUUGAACUGCUUGGCAGCACUGUAUACUCCUUAAUUGGAACCUUGACCAGGCGCUGUUUUAUACAUGCCAGCCAUCUGGCUUCUGGGAGCCCUGUCCUAAAGGGUUCCCUCACCCCCUUCCAAAAUCAGCCUUGUCUUUGUGACAAAGAAAAAUGUACUUUGGUUAUUCCUACACAGAUGGAGGAAAAGGUCUAAUAGUUCUUAGCCUUAGUGUUUCUGUCAUUGUUCAAACGUCCUUUCUGUAACAGAAGCUGACUUGGAGUGUUUCUCUUUUGCCCUAAUAAACUGCACUCUGGAAUACAACUGCGUGCUCUUAACAACUGAACACUGUACUUACACUUGUCAUACCUCUCAAUAAAAGGGUACUUUUCUAUUAA